AAUCAAAACAGGAACAGAAACAUUCAGUUAAUCUAAAGGCCACAAAAUAUUAAAGGAAACAACAGCCAAUGGGUGAUGGGAGCACAAACAAUUGUCUCCAUAACUCUAUGCUCUACACGUGUCACAUCAUUACCUAAUCUCAAACUUUGAUCUUCUAGCUGAGAAGAUCUCAACCCUCCAUUAAGUCUUGUACACUUUAAGGAAUACCCCAUCUGUCUGGAAACUACUAGUUAAUUUCAGCUUGUCUUUGAUUCUACUGAUAAAUAGAAUUAAAGCACAACUCAUUUGAUCAUCUAAAUUAGCAAUUACAGAUUUCAAGUACACAAAAAUUUUUAAAAAAAAAGAAAAAAUGCUAGCAGUGUUCAACAAAACAGUAGCAAAAUGCCCAGAAGAACUGAAAAAUGUUGAAUCUUUAGGUAGUGUUUGUAGUUUAAAGCAAGAUGUUUUGAUUCAACAUUUUUCUUCGAUUCAUCCUAAUGCUCUUUCUGUUAAUCUUGGAUCUUCUGGGUUUAUUGCUUUUUCCUCUGAUAAGCAAAAUCCUCUUCUCCCAAGGGCUUUCUCUGUUGUGGACGAUAUAUUCUGCUUGUUUAAUGGCCACAUCGAGAACAUAGCUUCACUGAAACAGUUGUAUGGAUUGACGAAAACUGCAAAUGAGGUGAGCAUCAUCAUAGAGGCUUACCGUUCCUUGAGGGACAGAGGGAGCAGUCCCGCAGAUCAUGCCUUGAGAAACAUCGAAGGAAAGUUUGCGUUCGUCAUUUUUGACAGUUCUACCAAGAGCACCUUCAUCGCUGUGGACGCUGAUGGAAGCGUCCCUCUCUUCUGGGGAACGGAUUCUGAAGAUCACCUUGUUCUCUCCGACAAUGCUGAGAUUAUGCAGCAGACCUGUGGGAGAUCAUUCGCUCCAUUUCCGCAAGGAUGCUUCUUUACAUCAUCCGGUGGGCUGAAAAGUUACGAGCAUCCUCGUAAGGUGCUUAAGGCAGUUCCUUGGGUUGAUGGAUCAGGCCAAGCGUGUGGAUCGACCUUCGUGGUGAGCGAAGAGCCUAAGAUUGAAAACAAGCAGCUUGGAAUUAAAGCAGCCAUGCCCAGAGUUGGGAGUGAUGCAGAUUGGGCUAGUCACAUAUAAGAACAUAACUUAUUAUUCAAUCACUAUUCCAAUGCAUUGUCUAUUUCAUUGGAUUUGGCUUCUUUCAUGUUAUAAAUUGCCCUAUUGGCAUGUGAAUGACAUUUAUCAGAGGUACAUAAAGAGGUUUUAAAAAUAAUGAUUUUUGUAUAUUGAUCAGUGUAAUAUUUCUCAUUUGUCUUUUGAACAUGGAAUUCGCUCAAAAA